AUUUUUGCUUGAUCCUCGCAGGAUAUUUUAUUUAUUGUACUGGGUUUUGAGUAGUACUCAGUAUUUGCGUGCAACCGAUAAGCGAACACGGUUAAAUUCGCAAUGUUUCUAUCAGUUUCGCAUACUUUCCUGGCAGUGUUGGUGCUUUUGCUCUCCGUUUGCUACAGAAGGAGCCGCAACAUCAAAGAGAAGCUAUGGUGGGUGCCGCUUAUUCCAGGCUAUCCAAUUUUAGGAAAUGCCCUAGAAUUUGCCGAUUCAACAAAAAUUUUGGAAAGGAUGAACCACUACGUGUUAAAGUACCAGGGAUAUUGCUAUUUUACGUUGCUUUUUCGGCCCUUGAUGUUGAUAUCAGAUGCGAAAUUUUGCGAAUGGUUGCUCUCUUCCACCACGAUUUUAACCAAAAGUAAGGACUACCAAUCCCUGUACAAUUGGUUGGAAGGUGGCAUGCUCAUUUCGAGUGGGCCCGAAUGGCGCAAAGCCCGAAAAAUCGUCACUCCCGCUUUCCAUUUCGCCAUUCUGGAACAAUUCGUCGAGGUGUUUGAAAAACCGACUGCAAUUUUGGUGGAUUGCUUGCGCAAGCAAUUGGACAAAGAUGCGGUUAACGUGCAUCCCCUAAUCGCCAAUUACACUCUGGAUAUUAUUUGUCAAACUGCCAUGGGAGUGGACUUGAAAGUGCAGGAAGAAUCUCAGAACGACUAUGUUGCUGCUGUUGAUGCAAUGUGUAAAACUGUAGUGGAAAGAGCCUUCAAUCCCCUAAAAUCCUUCGAUAUUAUUUAUCGACUAAGUCCGGAUUAUUAUCGGGAAAUGAGGAACGUUAAGUUGCUUCAUUCAGUCUCCAACACCGUUAUCCAGAAACGCAGGAAGGAGAUGGAAAGCGAAAAGAACAACGUGGAAAGUGUGAACGAGGAUGGAACUAAGAGGAAAAUGGCUUUUCUUGACUUGCUGCUGAAAAGUCGCGACGAACAUGGACAACCACUUUCACAGGACUUUAUUCGACGUGAAGUGGACACUUUUAUGUUUGCCGGCCACGAUACAACAGCUUCAGCCAUUAGCUUCGUCUUGUUCUGUUUAGCUAAUCAUCCAGACGUUCAAAAUCAGGUUCUAAAUGAAAUAAAAGAAGUCCGGGGCGAAGGACAGAAAAUUACGUAUAAAGAGCUGCAAGAAAUGAAGUAUCUGGAAAUGGUAAUCAAGGAAAGUAUGAGGCUGUACCCUUCGGUGCCCUUUUAUUCCCGCCAAACCACUGAAGAAGUUCUUUAUGAAGAUGGCAAAGUGAUUCCACAAGGAAUCACGUUGAUCAUAUCGGCAUACGCCAUCCAUCGGAAUCCACAUGUUUAUGAGCAACCGGACAAGUUCAUCCCUUCGCGAUUUUUCGAUUUGGAGAGCAAACCAUUCACUUAUUUGCCCUUCAGUGCCGGUCCAAGAAACUGUAUAGGGCAAAAAUUCGCCAUGUUAUUGAUGAAGUUUGCCUUGAUCAACAUGCUGUCCAACUUUGAGAUUUUGCCCUCAAAUCCACCCUGUGAAAUGGUUUUAUCAGCUGAGUCGGUGCUGAAGGCCCAUAAUGGGGUGAAUAUCCGCCUGAAGUCCAGGACUUAGUUGCCUAAGGAAUAGUUAAGCGAUAUUGUGACAGUAUUAGCAGGUUGUAUUAGUCUGGAGGAAAAAAAUAGAAUAAAUUGUUCUUAAACAUCAAAA